AUGUCAAAGACGCCGGGGAAGACGCCGCGGACGCCCAGGCGGAUCCUGGAGUCCUACACCAUCAAGGGAUCCGACGGCGUCAUCCGCCCUGGGGACUCUGUGCUGAUGAAGGCGCCCGACACAUCAAAGCCUCCGUAUGUGGCCAAGAUUGAGGAAAUCGAGGCAGCAGGACCUCGGGGCGCAAAUGUCAAGGUUAAAGUGCGCUGGUACUACCGACCGGAGGAGUCCAUUGGUGGGCGCAGGCCAUUCCAUGGCGAAAAGGAGGUGUUCCUCUCUGACCACCAAGAUGUGCAGAGUGCUGACACCAUAGAGUGCAAGUGCAACGUCUACAGCUUCCGGGACUACACCAAGCUUUCUGCUGUCAAUCCUGAGGACUAUUUUUGCCGCUUCGAGUACAAGUCAAUCACAGGCAGCUUUGUGCCUGAUCGCAUUGCUGUGUUUUGUAAGUGUGAGAUGCCAUACAACCCUGACGAUCUUAUGAUCCAGUGUGAGGAAUGCUCUGAUUGGUUUCACCCUGCUUGUAUUGGAAAGACAAUCAAAGAAGCAAAGAAACUUGAGAAUUUUACAUGCGAAGGUUGUGUUGCUGAAAAUGGAAAUGGAAAUGGAAAUGGAGUCAAGAAUGAAAAUUCGCAUGAAUCUACAGGCGAAUCAGAUGAGAAGCAGGUGCAGUCGAAGCGGCGACGGCGGUGA